AUGCGCAAAAGAGUACUUGGCGUAACUCAGGUAUACAUUCAGGUUGAUUCAUUCUUUUUUCUUAGGGCAAGCACAUCUGGACAACGUAAGACCAGGCGUAAUUUGCGUAGAAAAGUGCAGCCUGAGGAUUAUGAGCGAGUACUUCAAGAACUCUCUCACCAUGAAAUACAAGAGCAGCAAGAAGACCCUUACGAUUUCACAGACGAUAGUGAAGGUGAAGAAGAAACUAUUUUGGAGGAGAGGGACGAAGGUGACGACGAACAAUCAGGAGACGAGAGUGAAGAAGACCUGGCGAUGACAUCUGAUUUCGAAGUUUUUUUGCCACAAGGAAAAAAUAGUGACACUUUUUGGCUUAGUUCGCCUACAACUCUUCAGUCAAAAUCUAAGUCAAAAAAUAUCCUAAAUAUUUUGCAGGGGCCUACGCGCAAUGCAAAAGAUGUGUCUACCGAAAUGGAUGUCUUUUUAAAAUUGUUUGAUCUAAACAUGAUUGACAGAAUUGUAGAACACACUAAUGUAUACAUUGAUAAGAAAAGGGAAAGUCAGGGUUUCCAAAGAGAGAGGGAUUGUAGGAUAACAACACGCUUCGAAAUAAUGGCGUUAAUGGGAAUUUUAUUCCUUUUAGGAAUAAACAAAAGCAGCCGAGCUAACGCAUCUCGAGCUUGGAAAACGAAUGGCACUGGGAUGAUGAUAUGCAGAGCAACAUUUGGAAUAAAUAGAUUUAGAUUUUUAUUGCAAUCUCUUAGAUUUGACGAUAAAAGAACACGGCAGCAACGAAGGGCUACGGAUAAAUUGGCACCAAUUAGGGAACUUUACACCAAUCUACAUGAAAAUUGUCAACGCAAUUAUUGCCUAUCAGAAUUUGUAACAAUAGACGAAAUGUUACACCCGUUCCGAGGUCGCUGUGGGUUUAUAGUUUACUUACCUGAUAAACCUGGGAAAUACGGUAUCAAACUCUAUGUGUUAGCAGAUGCCAAAACCCACUAUGUCUUUAGAUUUGAAAUAUAUUGUGGGAAGCAACCUGACGGGCCAUUUUCAGUUUCCAACAAACCAAUGGAUAUAGUGAAACGGUUGGUAUCAACCAUUCUGAACAGCAAUAGGAAUGUCACAGUAGACAACUACUACUCAAGUUAUCAGCUAGCGAUAUAUUUGAAAGAAAAUGGACUCACCUUCAUCGCAACAAUGAAGAAAAACAAACCCGAGAUUCCACCUCAAUUCUUGCCCAAUAAAAAUCGGGAAGUCGGGUCUUCCAUUUUUGGUUUCCAAGACGACGUCACAUUAGUUUCUUACGCUCCGAAAAAAAAUAAAAGCGUAAUUCUUAUUUCCACAAUGCACGACGAAGGAGAAGUAGACGAGGAGAAUGGAAAACCAAUUAUUAUAUUAGACUACAAUGCGACAAAAGGAGGUGUUGAUGCAGUUGACGAAAAGUGUGGGAAUUAUUCGACUAAAAGAAGAACCCGGAGAUGGCCGCUUACUAUGUUUUUUAGAUUUUUGGAUAUAGCGGGAGUAAAUUCCCAUAUUAUAUAUGUUGGCAAUCACAUGAUGACUGCUGAGAAACCAAAGACGAGGAUGGAUUUUCUAGAGUCAUUGUCUUUUAGCCUUCUUGAAAAUCACCUAAAAGAAAGAGCUAAGAUAGCCAACCUUCCGCAGGAUAUAAAAAGUUUUCUGGCUAGAUAUCAAGAUGUCCCAGAGGAGCAAGCGGUUCCUGACCAAAGAAGACGAGGUCCAUGCCACGAAUGCGGAAAACACAAAAAUAACACAACAACCGUACGUUGUACCGAGUGCACAAGGUUUGUGUGCAAAAACCAUUGUGAGAGAUUUUCAAAAUGUAGAUCUUGUAUUAACGAUGCAAUGUCGUCUUAA